CCCCACCGCACCCCCCGUCCCAAGGCAGCGGCCCGCCGGCCGGCCCCUCAGGCGGUCGCACUUCAUCCCGGCUUGAGGCCGCGGGGAGCGUCGCUCGCUCGGCCGUCGGCAGCUCGCUUUGCGCGACCUCCGCCAAGGUGUCGUCAUGUCAAAUUCCGUCGGAGGUUUAUCUGAAAUCACAGCGUACGGAUCCCGGCUCGCAAUGCCGGAGGACUCCCUAACCAUCCUGGAGCGAAACCGGGACUCGGGAGAAGCCUGGGACCUGUUGGAGGCCAAGGCGAGCGGCACGCCGGGCCUCUACCUGCCCUGUUUCGACAUGCUGGCCACGGAGGACGCCGCGUGGCUGGUCAAGGUUUCCGAGGCCGCCCCCAACGCGGCCCGCUUGGAGGCGCACCGGGAGGAGCCAGAGCAGUGUCCCGUCAUCGACAGCCAGGAGCGGGGACUCUCCCCGGGGAUGGAAGGCCCCGAGGAGGAGCGCUCUCUGGAGCAAGUGCAGAGCAUGGUGGUGGGCGAGGUCCUCAAGGACAUCGAGACGGCCUGCAAGCUCCUCAACAUCACGGCAGACCCGAUGGAGUGGAACGUGGGCAACGUUCAGAAGUGGCUGCUUUGGACGGAGCACCUGUACCGACUCCCGCACGCGGGCAGGACCUUCCAAGAGCUGACGGGCAAAGACUUGUGCGCCAUGAGCGAGGAGGACUUCCGCCAGCGCUCGCCGCUGUGUGGGGACACGCUGCACGCUCACCUGGACAUAUGGAAGUCAACUGCCUGGAUGAAAGAAAGGUGCACGGGCGGAGACCACAAAAGUCCAGGCGCCGAGGAGCUCUGGUCCGAGGCCGAUUCGUCCUGCUCGGGUCAACCCAUCCACUUGUGGCAAUUCCUUCGAGAACUUCUGCUCAAACCGCACAACUACGGACGCUGCAUACGCUGGCUCAACAAAGACAAAGGUAUCUUUAAGAUCGAGGAUUCGGCCCACGUGGCGCGGCUGUGGGGCCUGAGGAAGAACCGGCCGGCCAUGAACUACGACAAGCUGAGCCGCUCCAUCCGCCAGUACUACAAGAAGGGCAUCAUCCGCAAGCCCGAUGUCUCGCAGAGGCUCGUCUACCAGUUUGUGCACCCCGUGUGACGCCAAAACCGCGAAGGGACCAAACACCGUGGACCGUCUAAUACGACAACCGCACAGUCAGCGCAAUUUGCCCGUUCAUUUUUUUUGUUGACAUAUUUGAAGUCAUUUGGAGUCUGGCAGCACAGUGCACUUAUGGUUAGCACCUCUGCUUCACAGUUCUGACGUUCUGGGUUCAAAUCACGGCUGGGGUGUUGCAGUGUGGAGAUUCCUUGCACACCUUCAAAAAAUAUGCCUGUCAGGAUUAUUGACAACUACAAAUUGGCCACCGGCGUGAACGUCAGCGCGAAUGGCUUUGCCCAUACGUGCUUGCGACCAGUUCAGGGUCUAGAACCUCCUGCGAUCACAGCAAACUAAAUUCGACCGCGGGACUGAAUGGAGCAAAAGUAAUAUAGCCCAACCGCUGUCAAAAUAAUGGAUACCAGCGGGGCUUGACACGACCAACCGCCAACCCGACAAGUGCACGUGAACAUUAGCGGUGGCGGCUAGCACCGCUACUGCCGCUAGUCACUUUGAUCGGGAACAUUUUACCCACCCCCACCUGCCUUCUUUCGACGAAUGUAUUUCGACCGGGAACGAGUUUGCUCUGAGCGCUCCCCCCGUGCUGAAAAGUCUCCUUGUGGUGAAUGCGCAUGCGUUACUAAGAGGGGAACUCUGGGUACGUAGCAGACGCUUACUGCGAAAUCUCCCGCUCUCAUAGUUCCCCUUCUUCUACAGAGAGGGAGCUGACAUACGUUAUAACCAGACCUUAAAACAAAAGUUGAUUAAAGUAGUUGAAGUAUGAAUGGGGAUAUUUCAGACUGGCCGGAGAUUUACAAAAUACACGCGCAUGCGCAUUACUCGCAAAGAGACUUUGCACCACCGGGAGCGCUCAAACUGUCACACACGGGACAAAUGUUUUCAUUCACAAAUUUAAAUCCAUUGCGAAUCGUCAGUGAUGGUGUUGUGGUAAAGACGCCUGACUUGGGUGCGGGCAGCGUCGGAUCGAUUCCCGUUCAGUGAUGGUGUAGAUAUCUGCCUCGCGACUGACUGGCGACCAGUUCAGGGUGUAGUCCGCCUUUCCCCUGAAGCUAGCUGGGAUAGGCUCCGGCUUUCCCGCAACCCUUGUCAGGAUAAGCGUCCUGGAUAAUGACACACAUGACAAAUCCAUUACAAAAGCCAGUAAAUACAAUGCGAAAUUCUGAGUAACUAAUCAGUAUCCACAGGAUACCAGGUAUCGGUACCAGGCCUGAUCCCAAGGUAUUGGGUACUUGUGAAGGCUUCUGGUGACAGUAACUUCGACGGAGUGAGUCCUCCUCACCAGUAGUUGGCGCUACAGCGCACAUCGGCGAAUCAUCAUGUGCGCCAGAAAGAAAGCGACGUCUUAGAACACAAUGAUAGCUGUCGGGACCGAAAUAUAACUUUCUGUGUCAAUUCAUUUUUUGGAAAAAAAAAAUGCCAAAGAAAAGGUUAAGCGCAUGUGCCGAGAUAUGAUAUGCGAAAGGCAUAAUUUCGCUCAAUAUUUGGGUUGAAUUCUUCGUACGCAACCUUUUUGUUUUGUGAACGUCGGGAUUUGAAAUGGGGCUUCGGACUCUGGCGGAUCCGUUUGAGCUUUCGCGUCAGCACGAGUUUUCGUUUGUUUUUACGUUGAACGCUUUUGAAUGUCGCUGGGGGGGUUUGUGGGGGCUUCACACGAGGGGGUCAAAAUACCCCGAGAGAAUUUCAUCUUCUCAUACUCAUCAUCAAAUCUCAUCUUUCUUAAAAUCUUACGAUGAAGCACAACA